AUGCUUAACACUGUGAAAUGGGCUGAGCACUCAGGUGCCGAAGACGAGCCUAACCCACCCGUCUACUCCCUCUCCUAUCAUCCGAGUGGAGAAACGAUCGUGGCGGGUUGCGGUGUUCGUGUGGUGGUGUUCGAUGCAACCACCGGCGCUGUGCGACUCUCACUCAAGGGACAUACAGACGCGGUCUACACAGUGACGUGUUUCUCAGAUGGCAAGUAUUUUGCCAGUGGAGGGGCUGACAAGACAGUUAUUCUGUGGACUAUCGAUGGAGAGGGUGUAUUGAAGUAUCAGCACCGAGAGUCCGUACAGGCGCUGGCACACAACCCUGUAACGGGAGGACUUGUUUCAGUUGCAGGUCGCGAUUACGGUACGUGGUCGGCUGAACAAAUGAAAGUUGGGAAAUCUUCAUUACCAGCAAAGGGGCUUUGUUGCGCGUGGUCACGCAAUGGACAAACAUUGGCUAUUGGUCUCUCUGACGGCAGUAUCAUUUUCGUACCUUCUCAGGGUGGUGAGAAGGUUACAGUGAAGCGCACUGCACCCGUUUGGGCGGUGGUAUUCUCUCCUAUUUCGGAAAGCGGAGCUGACGUCCUCGUCGUGGGGUCUUGUGAUCGCCGUCUCUCCUUUUACACCAGCGACGGUAAGCCGGCAAGCAAAGAGAAGGAAAUUUCCUGUGAACCAUGCUCGCUCAGCUUUUAUGGGGGAGGCAAGUUUUUGCUUGUUGGGGGGAGCAACUGCGAGGUUUCCCUCUUCACAAAGGACGGCAACUUGCUUGUGAAAGUAGCCGAUGCGGACGAUUGCAUAUGGUCCGUACAGGCCAGCCCAAAGCAUCAACAGCUGUGUUGCGGGACAAACAGCGGUGUUUUGAAGGUGGUGGAUAUAAAUAUACCAGUGGUACACAGCAUUUUCAAUGAUCAGUUUGUAUUUCGCGACAAAAUGUCUGACGCCGUCGUUCACCAACUUACGCUUGACAAGCGACUGCGUAUUCCAUGCAAUGGCUACAUCAUCAAGCUGGCUGUUUAUAGGGAUCGCGUAGCUGUACAACUGUGUGAUAAAUUCAUAGUGUUCGAGUUGUUCUAUGACGAUGAGCGGAAGAUGAAAUUUCAGAACGUUGCAAUCAUCCGUAAACGGGUGAGCUGUGAUCACCUUUGUGUUACUUUCAAUGGUCUUGUGAUAUGCUGUGAUCGUCGCCUAACCAUGUAUGAUUUCCAGGGUAAUAUGCGCCAGGAGUGGACAGUGGAAAGCUCUGUUUGCUGCAUCAAAGUGAUUGGGGGAGUUGAAGGGAGGGAAUGCCUUCUGCUUGGAUUAAAGAACGGUUUGACGCUUCGUAUGUUUGUCGAUAAUCCCUUCCCGACCACGCUGGCGAAGGUAAAUAAUUCAGUCAAGGCUCUUGAUCUCAGUUGCGACAAGACGAAACUGGCGGUCGUCGAUGAUAACGGGUUGCUGCAAGCGUUUGAUUUGCGGAACAAGAAUGAGGUUCUCUUCAUGGCAAAUGGUGUUCAAGCGGUGGCGUGGAAUUCAGAGUAUGACGAUAUGAUUUGCUACACAACUGCGGUAAAUACAUUGAACAUAAAGACCGGGGCUCUGCCUCCACAUGAGCAGAGAUUGCCGGGGUACGUUAUUGGAUUCAAGGCCAAUCGUGUGUUCAAUGUUUGUGGUACUAUUGUAGACAAGAUUGAUGUACCGCAUUCCCAGUCUCUGUAUCGGUACAUAGAAAAGAGGGAUUUUGAAUCUGCACACCGCAUCGCCCGUCUUGGCGUACCCGAUGGGGAUUGGAAAAUGCUUGGCAUGCACGCGAUGAUGCACCUGCAACUCGACGUUGCUCGGAAGGCGUUUAUUAACAUCCGUGAGGUUAAACUCGUCGAACUGCUUAACCGCCUGGAGAUGCAGCAGCGUCUAAAGGGCUCCAAAGGUGAAGAAGAUGAUGGACUCCUUAUGGGUGAUAUUUUUGCUUUUCAAGGAAAGUAUCAGGAGGCGUCACGACACUUCUUAAAGGCUGGACAUGAAAAUAAAGCGAUUGAUAUGUUCUGUGACUUAAAAAUGUGGACUGAUGCGCAGCGCGUCUGUAGCAACGAAUCUCAUUUAAAGGAGUUGAUUCGGCAGCAGGCGCGGUGGGCGGAGGAUUCGGAGAACUAUAUUGAGGCUGCGGCGUUGUUUCAAGCUUGUGGGGACAAAUCCAGAGCUAUUGCAAUGUUGUGUAAUGCUGGUGACGCAGAUAAGUUGAUGGAGAUGUGCCGUGCGAUGUCCAAGUCUGAGGUGGCUCUCAUUACGGAGUGUGCGAACUACUUUAAGAAGCAAAAGUUAAUGCAGCCCGCGAUGUACGCUUAUGAGAAGGUUGGUGACUAUCGCUCACUUAUAUGUCUUCAUAUGGAAAUGAAAGAGUGGCGAAAGGCCUUUGCCCUCCUUGAUCUUUAUCCGCAAUACAUUCGUGAGGUGUACGUACCAUGGGCCAACUGGCUGGCAGAUAAUGGGAAUUUCACGGCGGCACUUGAUGCAUACCGUAAAGCCAAGUGGCCCAGGGAAGCUGUGCGCAUGAUGGAAUCUCUUGCAGCCAACAGUGUGAUAUGCCGGAGGUUUCAAGAAGCGGCUUUUUAUUUCAUCCACUUAGCAGGAGAGUACGGAGUGCUAGAGGAUGAUCAGCAGCUUACCGAAGCAGAGUGGGCCGUCCGUAUGAAGCGUAGCGCUGAGUGCGUCCGCCGCGCAGAAAUUUACUACGCUUACCACUUUGUUUACCUACACGUGACCCAGCCUUUCACCUACGAUGAGGUAACAUUGUUCAACGCUUCGAGGUUCGUAAUUGCAAUGACCAGUAACACCACUGUUCCUCUCAAUGUUGGUAGAGGUGAGGUACUCUACACGCUGGCGCAUAUUGCUAGUCAAUUAGAUAUGACGCGCACUGCGCGUAUGGCCUUUGAGCGGCUGCACAACGUUGUACUGCCCACUAAAGUAAUGGAGCAAAUAGAUGUGGAUAGUCUUGUUUUACGCAGCAAGGGUUUCAAUGAUAAUGAAGAUCUGCUCGAUGUUUGUUUUCGUUGCAAACAGAUCGUUCAGCAAUUUGCUAAUGCUGGAGACCGCUGUCCCACUUGUGCCCAUCCUUUCGUUCGUUCGUUCGUGACUUUUGUGAAUCUUCCGCUGGUAGAGUUUACCUUGUCAAAUGAACUUAGUGAUACAGAAGCAGAGCGAAUAAUUUUGACGGGAGCGGGGCGAAAGAAUACAGAGAAUAAAACCGACGGGAACAAUGGCGAGUACAAUGGGUGGAAGGCAGAUACAGGUGCUGAUGUCAUCACGUUCGCGGAAGAGGAAGACAACAUUGAUGCCCUGAUGGAUCACCAGUUGGCAGCGUUGGGUCGAGGUGGAGCUAUGGGCACCGAUCCAUUCAGCGCGCAACUAAAAUACAUUUUACGGCCAGGGCGGACAAACAAAGGCUAUCAACCCUUUGUCGUAAAUGCCGAUAUGCUUUGCAGAAUGCGUCGUGAUGAGGUGUUCAUUGUAAAGGCCGGAUUUGGAAAGCUGCCGGUGCAAAACAAGUACUAUCGUCUAGUGAACCGGAGUGUAGGAAUUAUUCUAUGUCCAGGUUGUCAGCACUUUUUCAAAGAUGAUGAUUACGAGUAUGAGUGUAUGAAGGGUAACGGUUGCCCACUUUGUCAGUACAGGAUGGGAAAGAAGCCGGAGAAAUCAAUGACUAAAGUUCUCAAUGAUGUUCUUGCCUCGAUGGAGAAGAAAAAGGAGUAG